AAUUCAUCACGUCCACAGAUGGAAUACACAGAAAAAAUGGCAAAAGAAAAUUUCACUGUCAUAGUGGAAUUUAUUCUUCUGGGAUUUUCUGACCUUCCCAAACUCCAAGUGUUUCUAUUUGCAAUUUUAUUGAUUAUCUAUAUGAAUAUCCUCAUAGGAAAUGGCCUCAUCAUUGUCAUUACCACGGUUGAUUCAACUCUCCAAACUCCCAUGUACUUUUUUCUGGGUAACUUUUCCUUCUUGGAAAUUUGUUACACAUCAGUGACUCUUCCCAGAAUGCUGACAAACCUUUGGACACAGAACAGAACGAUUUCUUUGAUAGCCUGUGCUAUACAGCUUUCAUUUUUUCUUAUUCUGGGAGUCACUGAGAGCUUCCUUCUGGCUGUGAUGGCCUAUGAUCGCUAUGUGGCCAUAUGUAAGCCCCUCUACUACCCUCUUAUCAUGAACCACAAAGUGUGUGUCCAGUUAGUGGUUGUUUCCUGGAUCAUUGGGAUUCCUGGACAAUUGUUACAGACAUAUAAGGUAAUUUCUCUCCCCUUCUGUUUUAAUGAACUCAAUCAUGUUUUCUGUGAUGUCCCUCCAUUGCUAAAGUUGGCCUGUGGUGAUACCUCUAUGCAAGAAUUCUCUGUCUAUGCUGUUGCUGUGCUUCUUGGAAUGUUUCCCUUUAUCAUCAUUCUAGGAUUCUACUUCAAAAUCAUCACCACCAUUCUGAAGUUGCCAUUGGUCACUGGGAGACGAAAGGCCUUUUCAACUUGUUCUUCCCAUCUCAUAGUUGUGGGUUUAUUCUAUGGGUCUGGUAUUAUCACAUAUCUAAUACCCAAAUCGAGCCAAUCAGGAAUAGAAAAAGUUCUCUCUCUUUUCUAUACCAUUGUGACCCCUAUGUUUAACCCUAUGAUAUACAGCCUAAAAAACAAAGAUGUUAUUGCUGCAUUAAGGAAAUUACUGAGUAAAAUAUUAGCCUGA